CAACUUCCCUAGUUUCCUCCCCGCUCCGUUCAGUUUCGCUCUAUGGACAGAUCAGCAAACCUGGAGACAGAGGAACUCAAGGUCCAAGUUUUCAAUCCCAGAGACUGGAAGUUCAUUUUGCUCUGUGGCUGGAAAGAAGUCCUACUCUGUCCUAUGACCCGAGAGCAGUAUAUAUUAGCAACACAACAGAACAGCCUUCCAAGGACUGAGCAACCUCAGUUUUACCCAGUAGGGAUUUAUGGAUGGCGAAAGAGGUGCUUAUACUUCUUUGUCCUACUGCUGUUGGUUACCAUGAUUGUUAAUUUAGCAAUGACAAUAUGGAUUUUGAAGGUUAUGAAUUUCACAGUGGAUGGAAUGGGAAAUUUGAGAGUCACUAAAAAAGGAAUACGACUUGAAGGAAUAUCUGAAUUUCUACUUCCACUAUAUGUGAAAGAAAUCCAUUCCCGGAAGGAUAGCCCACUGGUCUUACAGUCUGACAGAAAUGUAACAGUGAAUGCAAGAAAUCACAUGGGACAGUUAACUGGACAACUGACAGUAGGAGCUGAUGCUGUGGAGGCUCAGUGUAAGAGAUUUGAAGUGAGAGCAAGUGAAGGUGGAAAAGUAUUGUUUUCUGCAGAUGAAGAUGAGAUUGUCAUUGGAGCUGACAGACUGAAAGUAACAGGCACAGAAGGGGCAGUGUUUGGGCACUCUGUGGAGACACCUCAUAUCAGAGCAGAACCUUCCCAAGACCUCAAACUUGAAUCUCCUACUAGAUCCUUGCUGAUGGAAGCACCCAGGGGAGUGCAAGUCAGUGCAGCUGCAGGAGACUUAAAGGCUACCUGUAGGAAAGAACUGCAUUUACAGUCCACAGAAGGGGAGAUAUUCUUAAAUGCAGAUACAAUCCGCCUGGGAAAUCUACCAGUGGGUUCCUUUUCCUCCUCCUCCUCCUCCUCCUCUUCCUUCUCCUCCUCCUCCUCACCCAGCUCUUCAGCUCCUCGCCAGACUAUCUAUGAGCUCUGCGUCUGUCCCAAUGGUAAACUUUACCUGUCCCCAGCAGGAGCAGGCUCCACAUGUCAAUCCAGUAGCAACAUCUGCUUGUGGAGCUAGAAUGACUCCAUUUUAUCCUCACACCAGAAUAGCCUUUUGUUACUAUCCCUCUGCUUCACAGUUCUGCUCGGUUUCCCUUGUGACAAGUUCAACGCUUCAAAAGGCCUGCAGAGCAACUUCUUCCAGUGUAAGCAGGAAUACAGCGCUGCCUUCUCUUGUGGUGUGUGGUGCCACUCAACAUAGAGAUGGGAGUGACAUAUUCAGAAAUAAAUGUAUUCUUCAUCAGGAAACCUAGAACAUAAAAUCACCUUUUUUUCCAAAAGGGACAAUAACACAGGUGCCUUUGCUACUUGAAGUGAAGCACAUAGUUUUAGAUUUUUGCAGGACCUGGAUAUGAACUGCACAUAAAUAUAUAUAUAUAUAUAUAUAUAUAGUACAUAAAUUUGCCCAGAAUCUGAUGUUGAGAUGAAUUGGUUCCCUCUGUAUGAUAAAUAACUUUACUGUCUAAAAGCACAAUUUUCCAUUCAUCUUUUUGGAUGUAAACUUUUAUCCCUGAAUUUUAAAAUUUUGAAGCAUUGUGUGAUGCUUGCUUUAUUACACAAAUUCAGUAAAUGAUUUUUAAUACAAAAAGAGACAGAAUCCCUCCCUGAGUUUGGUUUCUUUAAAUAUGUGUUGUUACUCUUUUCCUACCAAGUCUAGGGUUUUAUACACUAGGUGCAUUUUGGAAGUGCUCAGCAAUAUUACCUUUCAAAGUUAAAAAACCAUAUGCUCUUGUUUGUCAGAUCUGAAUGACCUUAUAUAAUAUUUUCAUGGCUACUGCAUGUGAAGUGAUUGCUUCAAGUAAAACAUACAAUUUCUGGAAAAGAAGAACAGGGUAAAGAAGGAAAUUCUGAUGAUAUGUUUGUUGAUCAGUGUAUUGCUCUUCACAGGGUACUUGUAAUUGGCAAAUAUAAAAACCAAGAGAGAAAUCUUCAAAGGUUCAUCUUAUCCACUUUCUGGCUGUGUCAAACUGCUGCCAUUUGAACACAGUAAAAACGUUGGUACUAAUGUAACAUGUGAUGCUGAGAAGCAGUGCACUAACAACUUGUAUGACAUUCACAUUUAUUAUUCUCUUUUGUUUACCAUCUUCUGCUAAGGUUUCAAAGUAAUAGUAAUAUAUAUAAAAUCACAUAUUAAACAAUAUUCAGUAUUAUAAAGUAUGUUGAUAUUACGCUGACUUUAUCAGGUCUGUGUUUAAAAUAUGCAGCCACAUUUGCACUCAAAGCUCACUACUGACUUUCUCUUUUGACAAACCUCAUGACAGAUUUCUUUGUUGUGUCAAUGUUCUUACUUGUUUGGCUUGGUUGGUAAUUGAAAUAUUAUGAAAAAUGCUUUGGUAUACUGCUGGUAAAUUUGUUCGCAACAUUGAUUAACAAGAGUAUCUUGAAACUUGCAGAACCCAGGAAUGUAAAACAGUAUAAAAAUGCUUCCUAUUGUGGAAGAUGACUUGAUUACAUGAGGUAAGUGAGCUUUUUAAUUCUAUGCUUUAAAUUACAUCACCUAGCUUGUAGUUUUAGAGGCUUCUGAAUGUAAGAUCAUAAAUGAAAUGUCAGCUUUUGCAAAGUAAUUCUAAAGUCAAGGCAGACAGUGCAAGUUGGGUACUUGUACGCAAUUCUUUUUCUUAGAGAAAAAAAUGAAAACGAGCAAACUAAUACUAUGAUUGCCUUUGUAUUUUAUUACCACCUAAUUAGGUUGAUUUUGUUUUCACUUCAGAUGAAAUUCACUCCUAUGCAGAAGACCAGCACAGGACAUGUCAAUGGCUUGACUGGUGCUUGCCUUAUCUUUGGCCCUCUUCAGAGGUGUGAAUUUCACCCCAUAGCAAGAAUUCUGUAUUUGCAGUUUUUACGAGCUAAAUUAAGAUUUCGAAUUGAUUAUUUUACCACUUCAAAAGAAUACCAUUAACAGCUGAUUUUUUUUUUUUGAGAAUUUUAUUCUUGGAAAGAAAAUAUAUUAGAAAAUAUUCCAAGAAAAUGUAUUAGAACAUGAGGAUUUUUAGCAAGAGGGACAAAAAGAGAUACAAAUGGAAAAGAAGAUGACAAUAAAAGAUUAGAAAGUGUAGCCAUACAAUACACACUUAAAACUGUAGGGAUAUAGAUGUCUUUUUCUUAUGUACGCAAGUAAUAGAAUGGUAGUGUGAGAGUCAUGGUUAAAUAGUGUUUCAGGAGGAAAAGUAUAUAGAUAUGUAUGAAGGCACAUCUAUAUGUAGUCAUUAUCUGUGCACACCUACAUACACCUGUUACUGAAAAGAUGAACAAACAUAUUAUAGUGACUAAUCUAUUUGGUGAAUUAAAAUAUGACUUCUUACAAUAUAAAUAACCUAAGGAUUUUUUUCCCCCUUAAAUAAACCCAUGGAAUGGCUUGCAGAUAUUUUGUCAUGAAUUCUCUACUGAAAAGUUCUUGUUUGUUUGCUUUUUACCUUAUGUGAUUACUUACCUGUUAUACAUAUAAAAAAGGUUUCUACUCACUGGAUGGAAAGACCCAACCUUUAUAAAUUUUACACAACUUGGGUGGAAUGGGCAGGUGCAAAAAAAAUAUUUUGUUACUAGCUUAUUUUAAUGAGACUGGAAUAAUUUGCCACUUGGCAUGAAGAAAACUCAGAGCAGAUAUGUGGAUGCUGCAUUGGACUCCACAAAAUCGAGUAGGUCCACAUAGCUCUUCACUGUCAGGAUAUUCUUUAUUGGAAUCCCUUCAGUCUGAAGUAGAGAGUAUUUAAGAGCUUCACCAACUGAUUAGGUAGCAUAAAAAAUUCUCAUGUCUCAGUAUUGUGGUGAAUUUCAUAAUAUCAAUGUUUUACUUUAAAUUCAUCAAAAACUGUAAGGGAAAAAACCCAGUUUUUAUUUUAAAAAGUAUUUCUAGCCCACAUGAUUUCAGGGGUUAUUGCAAAAGUGAUUUAAUGGACUUACAGAACUAAAAAUUUAGAAUACCAUCCUUAUGACUGCAAUGACAUAUAUGAAAAGACCUUAUUGGCUACAUGAAUUUAAUAUAUAUCAUAGAUUAACCUCCUGUAAAAAAUCUAUGUCAUGAUAUUAUAGGAUACUGUCUCUUUCUUGUUUAAAAAAA